AUGCAGGAUAGAUGUUUUGGGAUUGAUGGACCGGGGGUCUGUGAGCUUGACUAUGACCUCGAAGAUGGGGUGAUCAGCAAAAAUAUCUCAAAAGAAAAUGUGAACGCCAACAAUAUUUCUGGCAUCGAAAGAAUUGGUGACAUGCUAUGGUACAGGAUACUUGCUAUGGUGCUCACGUCCAAAGCAGAGAACAACAUUAAAUGCUACGAUGGAAGGCUAUCGAAGGACAACAUUGAACUCGUCCGAUGUAAUUACAUCGUUUUCUCCAGUUACUACAACCUGGAAGGAUGUGUGUUAUUUAUCCCAGUUUUCCUGGCAACGACUUGGUCUUCAAUCAACGCUUAUGCUCUUCGCCAGGAUGCCAUUCCAAUGUUAACACUUUUAAUUAUUAACUACGGACAUUCCAUUAGAUGUGGUGAUAAUUAUGCCAAAUACAGCAAGAAAAUACAUGUCAUCACCUAUUCUACCAACGAUCGCAUCACAUAUCGUGAAGCCAAAGACCAAGCGAAAUUAUCUGGAGUGGAUGAUGCCUCAAAAAUGGAGGAUAUUCUAACGGAGGUAAUUCGACUCGGCCCGUGUGAAAUAGAAUGGAAUUACGAAAUUAUGAUUGCCAUUCUCGCCAAGGCUUACGACAUUUUCUCCCAGGAAUCUACACUUCUCGAAGGCUUGCCGUUAAACCAGAAUAACCAACAAUUUCUAAAGUUAACCGUGCCUAUCGCCAUAUAUGGAGAUAUACAUGGUCAAUAUAGUGAUAUAUGGAGGUGGUUUCACGUGAAUGGAUGGCCUCCUGGAACUCGCACACUUUUCCUAGGAGAUUACGUUGACAGAGGUCGUCACAGCACAGAGGUACUAAUGUUCGUACUGCUACUGAAAAUCGUAUGGCCAAAAAGCGUAUUUGUAUGUCGAGGUAACCAUGAAGAGGAACAAGUCAAUAAAGCGUACAAUUUCUACAGCGAAUUGAAGGCACGAUUCCCGAAGUCGUUCAGAAAAUUGUAUCGUAAAGUCAAGGGAGUGUUCAGCAUGAUGCCGAUAGCUUGUCUGAUCAGUAAUCAGAUAAUCUGCAUGCACGGUGGACUGUCACCUCGGAUCCAGACAGUUGCUGAAAUAGCAGCCAUACAAAGACCGCUGACAAAGGAUAACAAGGAAGAAGUAUACAUUGACAUUUUGUGGUCUGACCCUCAUCCAAGCAAGUGGAAAUAUGAGGUAAGAACCAGUUUCAAGCCCUUUGAAAAUCCCCGCCCCCCAUUUUCCAAGGAUUUUUGA